AUGCUCGGUACAAUGGUUUCGUUGGCUGUGUGCCUCGCCCUAUAUGCCCGUAUGACCACUGCGCUACCCACCAUAUCCGCUGUUGGAUCCAAGUUCUUCACCAGUGAUGGCAACCAGUUCUUCAUCAAAGGCAUCGCCUACCAGCUUGUUGCCAACGAUCCCCUGAUCGACACCAAACAGUGUCAGCUUGAUGCUACUUUGAUGAAGGAGCUCGGAGCCAACGCUAUCCGGGUAUACCAUGUGGAUCCUCUCGCUGAUCAUACUGGAUGCAUGCAAGUAUUUGCUGAUGCAGGGAUCUAUCUCUUCGUCGAUAUGGACAGUUUCCAGACCUACAUCAAGCUUGAUGUUAUCGCCUGGAAUCAGAACAAGUCAGACUCUUUCAAGCAAGUUAUGGACGAAUUUCAAAAGUACGAUAAUACCGCUGGCUUUUUUGUGGGCAAUGAAGUGCUGAACGGGUUGUCCGACUCCCCUGCUGCGCCAUACCUGCUUGCUGCGGCGGCAGACCUCAAGGCUUACCGAGAUGCCAAAGGCUACCGGCCAAUACCAAUCGGUUAUUCCGCCACUGACUCCGCUCCACUAGGAUCUUUGCUUCAGGAUUAUCUAGCCUGCCGAAGUAAUGUUUCCGAGAGACUCGACUUCUUCUCCUUGAAUUCCUAUGAAUGGUGCGGGUCUCAGACAUCGUACGCGACGUCUGGCUACAUGGCACUGCAACAUUCGUUCGAGGAUUACCCAGCUCCGAUAUUCUUCUCGGAGACUGGCUGCAAUACGGUUCCGCCCCGAGAUUUUUCCGACCAGACCGCCAUCUUUGGAGCGAACAUGUCUGGAACUUGGUCUGGUGCUAUUAUCUACGAAUGGAUCCAGGAAAUGAACCACUAUGGCUUGAUCUCUUACGGCCCUUUUGCAUCCAAUGCCUUACAGCAGGGCACUACUGUUAUCGAUGGGUAUCCACGUCAAGGCACCCCCACCCCUGUUACGCCCGACUUUUCGAAUCUCAAAGCACAAUGGGCCACCAUCAGCCCUACCGGUGUAGCUUUAUCAGCAUACUCUGGCACGUCGGUGACCCCUCGGCCAUGCCCGCCUUCGACCGCGGGAGGGUGGGCAGUUGAUGCCAGCUUACCACUCCCUACCAUUGGUCAGGUCGAAACCCCAGCGGCCAGCAGUGCAGCCAGUGCUCCUAGCCCAACUGGCCCUCGUCCUGCAGGUACUGCACCAUCCUCCUCAGCGGCGGAUGCAGUGGGAAGUGGAUCAGCGACGUCGACGACAGCAUCAGGCAGUGCUGCACAAUUCGAACACAAUGUCUUGGUUUUCAAUGAAGGGAGCGUUGCAGGCUGUCUAGUUGCGUUGUUGACAAUUGGCCUGGCUGUGCUCGUCCUGUUGUGA